CCCAUUCCCCUCCCCAAUUAAAGUCCAUACCCUUUCUGUCUUUCCCCUUAUCUCUGUCUUUAAUUUUCUAUACUGAGCUGGAUCAUCAAGCCCAUUAGAAGGAGAGCAGCAAAUUAGAUCCCAUAUAUAGCAAAGCAACUAGAUAUAUAUUGGAAUGAAAAGUGGUAUGGUUUUCCCAAUGGUGAUUCUCAGCUGGCUUACAGAGUGGCUGCUGUACAGGCUUCUUGCAAACUCAUGUUAUAGAGCUGCAAUAAACCUCAAGAACUCCACCACCUCCUUCUUCCACAAAAACCCACCUUCAAAAACCUCCAACCAGUCUUCUUUAUACCCCAGCCUCACAAAAAAUGGGAACUUUACCCAUAACAACAACUCUGAGAAGUCUUUUGUGUGUGACAUUCAGGGCACCCUCUUGAGGACCAAGUCUUUGUUCCCAUUCUUCAUGCUGGUGGCUUUUGAAGGUGGGAGCAUUUUCAGAGCCUUCAUUCUGCUCCUGUCAUCCCCUUUUCUGGGGCUGUUGGAUUAUGAGGUGAAGGUCAGGGUGAUGAUCUUCAUAACAUUCUGUGGUCUGAGGGUGAAGGACAUGGAGAUGGUGGGCAGGGCGGUUCUGCCAAAGUUUUACCUUGAAAACCUAAACAUGCAUGUGUAUGAGGUUUUGGCUUCAUGUGGGAGAAAGAUGGUGUUCACGAGUGUUCCAAGAGUGAUGGUGGAAGGGUUUCUGAGGGAAUAUUUAGGGGUUGAUGAGGUAAAGGGGACAGAACUGCAAGUCAUUGGAAAGGGUAAUUUCUUUAGUGGCUUUGUUUCUGCAGAUUCUGGCCUUCUUGUGAAGCAUAGUGCUCUCAAACAAGUCUUUGGUGAUGAGAAGCCCCAUAUUGGGGUUGGCACUUCAAGGUUUCAUGACCAUCUUUUCAUCUCCCUUUGUCAGGAGGCUUAUAUGGUGAAUAGCAGAGAAGAUAACAGCAAGAUGAAUACCUCUUCAACAAUGUCAAGCUCAGUGAUGCCAAGAGAAAAGUACCCAAAGCCCCUUGUGUUCCAUGAUGGAAGGCUUGCAUUCUUGCCCACACCCCAAGCAACCCUAGCCAUGUUCAUCUGGCUUCCAAUUGGAAUCUUUUUAGCAAUCUUCAGAAUAUGCAUUGGAAUCUUCUUACCACACAAGGUAGCACUCUUCUUGGCCUGCUUGAGUGGGGUGAAGAUAACACUAAUAGGAUCAGACCCACCAAGAACACAAAAUGGGAAAGGUGUCCUCUAUGUUUGCACCCACAGGACCCUCUUAGACCCAAUCUUUCUGAGCACAGUCCUAAACAAGAGCUUGACUGCUGUCACAUACAGCCUAAGCAGAAUGUCAGAAGUGAUUGCUCCUAUAAGAACAGUGAGAUUGACAAGGGACAAAGUUCAAGAUGCCCAAACCAUGCAGAGGGAGCUAAGUCUUGGUGACUUGGUGGUCUGCCCUGAAGGGACUACAUGUAGGGAGCCCUACCUUUUGAGGUUCAGUGCCCUGUUUGCUGAGCUGGCAGAUGAGAUAGUCCCUGUGGCAAUGGACGCAAGUGUUGACAUGUUUUAUGGGACUACAGCUGGAGGGCUGAAGUGUUUGGACCCUAUCUUCUUCUUCAUGAACCCUAGGCCAUCUUAUAAGGUCCAUAUCCUUGGGAAGGUGCCCAAAGAACUGACUUGUGCUGGAGGGAAGUCUAGCUAUGAGGUAGCUAACCACAUCCAAAAACAGUUGGCUGAAGCAUUAGGGUUUGAGCGCACCACUUUUACUAGAAGAGACAAGUAUUUGAUGCUUGCUGGAAAUGAAGGAAUUGUCAAAAAUCGCUAGCUUAGUAACAGUGAUGAUUUCUAAGUCUAAUAUUAAAGAUUCAUAUCUUAAAUUAGAGCUAGAAAUAUGUGACAUGAUAUUCUUAUCUGGUUUGCAUUGAGAAAUAUUUGUUUUUGUAAUCUACCGUAUCAUGAUUGUCACCUAGCUGAAAGUCACUAUCUCUGUACGUAUACUUGAUUUUUUGUUGGUGUGAUGUUAACUUUAAUAGUAUGGAAGCCGUUUUCAAUUGGAAGGUAGCUACUCGAAUUACUUUAUUUAAUAA